GGCGUGAAGGAGGCGGAGACCGCGGUGGGGCCACUCCAGCCGACUCCGGAACCCGGAGAGCGGGGAGCUGCGUCUAGAGCACUUCCGCUCCCGGGCCGGAAGUGCGCGUCAAGGUUUGGGCUGCUGACUAGCCGGCAACAUGGUGGCUCCAUCGCUGGAGACUUCUCACGUGUUUUGCUGCCCCAACCGGGUGCGGGGAGCUCUGAGCUGGAGCUCGGGGCCCGGAGGACUUCUGGCCUUCGGCACUUCUUGUUCCGUGGUUCUCUAUGAUCCUCAGAAAAGGACUGUAAUUACCAACCUGAAUGGUCACACUGCUCGAGUCAAUUGUGUACAGUGGAUCUGUAAAUUGGAUGGCUCUCCUUGCACUGAAUUAGUUUCUGGAGGAUCUGAUAAUCAAGUGAUUCACUGGGAGAUAGAGAAUAACCAGCUUUUAAAUGCAGUGUGUCUCAAAGGCCACGAAGGACCUGUGUAUGCAGUGCAUGCUGUUCACCAGAAGAGGGCAUCUGACAUCGCUUUAUAUACACUGAUAGUUUCUGCAGCUUCAGAUUCUACAGUUAGAGUCUGGUUUAAAAAGGCUUCUGAAGUGGCAUGCUUGCAGACCUUGGCUUUUGGUGAUGGAGUCAUUCAUGCUCUGUGUUUAUCUUUUUUGCCUGAGACUGAUGUACCAGUGUUAGCAUGUGGUGAUGAUGACUGCAAAAUUCACUUAUUUGUUCAACGAGAUGACCAGUUUCAGAAGAUGCUUUUUCUCAGUGGACAUGAGGACUGGAUACGAGGCGUGGAAUGGGCAGCCUUUGGUAGAGAUCUUUUCCUAGCAAGUUGUUCACAAGAUUGCUUGAUACGGAUAUGGAAACUGUAUAUAAAAGGAACAUCUUUGGAAACUCAAGAAGAUGGUGACAUAAGACUGAAGGAAAAUACUUUCACUGUAGAAAAUGCAGGUAUUAAAACGGAAUUCGCAGUCACUCUGGAGACUGUAUUGGCUGGUCAUGAAAAUUGGGUAAAUGCAGUUCAUUGGCAACCUUCGUUUUACAAAGAUGGUGUUCUACAACAGCGAAUGAGAUUGUUGUCGGCUUCAAUGGAUAAAACUAUGAUUCUCUGGGCUCCAGAUGAAGACUCUGGUGUUUGGCUAGAACAGGUUCGAGUAGGUGAAGUGGGAGGAAAUACUCUGGGGUUUCAUGACUGCCAGUUCAGUGCAGAUGGUUCCAUGAUCGUCGCUCAUGCUUUCCAUGGAGCUCUGCACCUCUGGAAACAGAACGCACUUAACCCGAAAGAAUGGACUCCAGAGAUCAUCAUUUCAGGACAUUUUGACGGUGUCCAAGACCUUAUGUGGGACCCUGAAGGAGAAUUUAUCAUCACUGUUGGUACUGACCAGACAACUCGACUCUUUGCUCCUUGGAAGAGAAAAGACCAGUCACAGGUAACUUGGCAUGAAAUUGCAAGACCUCAAAUACAUGGAUAUGACCUGAAAUGUUUGGCAAUGAUUAAUCGAUUUCAGUUUGUAUCUGGAGCAGAUGAAAAAGUUCUUCGAGUAUUUUCUGCACCUCGAAAUUUUGUGGAAAAUUUUUGUGCUAUUACAAACCAGUCAGUGAAUCGUGUGCUUUGUAAUCAAGAGGGCGAUCUUCCAGAAGGAGCUACUGUUCCUGCUUUGGGAUUAUCAAAUAAGGCUGUCUUUCAGGGAGAUAUAGUUUCACAAACUUCUGAUGAAGAGGAGCUGUUAACUAGUACUGGUUUUGAGUAUCACCAAAUGGCCUUUCAACCCUGUACACUUACUGAACCUCCCACUGAGGAUCAUCUUCUACAGAAUACUUUAUGGCCUGAAGUUCAAAAAUUAUAUGGACAUGGUUAUGAAAUGUUUUGUGUUACUUGUAACAAUUCAAAGACUCUGCUUGCUUCAGCUUGUAAGGCAGCUAAGAAAGAGCAUGCAGCUAUCAUUCUUUGGAACACUUCAUCUUGGAAACAAGUCCAGAGUUUAGUUUUUCACAGUUUGACUGUCACACAGAUGGCCUUCUCUCCUAAUGACAAGUUCUUACUGGCUGUUUCCAGAGAUCGAACCUGGUCACUAUGGAAAAGACAGGACACAAACUCACCUGAGUUAGACCCAAUUUUUAUUCUCUUUGCAUUCACCAACAAAGUGACUGCUGUGCACAGUAGAAUAAUUUGGUCUUGUGAUUGGAGUCCUGAUAGCAAGUAUUUCUUCACUGGAAGUCGGGACAGAAAGGUGGUCGUCUGGGGUGACUGCGACUUCAAUGAUGACUCCAUUGAGCACAGCAUUGGCCCCUGCUCCUCUGUUCUGGAUGUGGGUGGAUCUGUGACAGCUGUCAGUGUCUGCUCAGUGCUCAGCCUCUCCCAGCGGUACAUUGUUGCAGUAGGACUAGAACGAGGAAAGAUUUGUUUAUAUACCUGGAAAAAGACUGAUCAAGUUCCCGAAGUAAAUGACUGGAUCCACUGUAUACAAACAAGUCAAAGCCAAAGUCAUGCCCUUGCUAUCAGAAAAUUAUGUUGGAAGCACAUUAGUGAAAAAGCUGAACAUGAUGAAGCAGAAGAUGCUGAGUGGCUACACUUCGCAAGUUGUGGUGAAGACCAUACUGUGAAGAUACACAAAGUUAACAGAUGUGCCUUGUAAAAAGUUUAAUUCUACAAGCAUAUUCCUUGGGGUGGUUAAAUAUUUACUAUGUAAAUAGAUAUUCUUUUUCAGAAUUUCAUUGUUUUGUUUUUAAGUCAUCUGUUAGUUACUUGGGCCACAGACUCUGGCAUCUGAGAUGAAAUCUACAAGCUUUUCUCUCAAAAUUGUUAUUUAUGCUUAUAUUCUCCAGACCUUGCUUAUGUUUUCAGGGAUUCAAACUCAUAUUCAUGUGUUUCAGAUUAAAAAAUCUCUGUUCUUGGGUGAAGGUAGAUAGCAUAAUGGUUAUGCAAGCAGACUCUCAUCCCUGAGCCUCAGAAGUCCUAGGUUCAAUCCCACCACCACCAGAGCUGUGCAGUGCUCUGGUAAAAAACAAAACAAAACAACUCUGUUCUUUUUUCAUGAUGAAAUUGGCUUUGGAAAAGGCCUUAUGCCCUCCUUUGAGACAUUUUGUUAUAUUCCAUCUUCAUUUCAGAGGGAGAACAUAGGAAAUAAAGAGAUAAAAUCCA